AUGAAUUCAAAUCCGUAUUCAAGAUCACGGAACGCAUCAAUCAUGUCAGAGGACGCAGAGGCUCAUCGCUCUCAAGAGAGUCUGGUUAAGCCAAUCAAUACAUGGAAAGGCUAUGUUUGGGAUACCUGGGAGUUACCGAGAGACCAACGUUGGCUUUUGUUCAAGCUAGAUGCCUUCGUUCUUACUUUCGCAUCGAUAGGAUACUUUCUGAAGAACCUCGACCUUAACAAUGUGAACAACGCUUAUCUUAGUGGUAUGGAGGAGGACUUGGAGAUGUACGGCAAUCAGUUGGUCACAAGUACUUCCAUAUUUACCGUGGGAUAUGUCAUCGGCCAAAUUCCCUGCAAUCUACUCCUGACCCGCGUUUCGCCCAGAUGGGUGAUCCCCUCGCUUGAGGUAGGCUGGGGUAUAGCUGUCAUUUGCAUGUCCAGUGUGAAGUCCUACAAUGCCCUUUACGCGCUUCGCUUCCUUGUCGGCAUUUUUGAGUCUGGAUUUUAUCCUGGAAUUCACUAUAUGCUUGGUUCAUGGUACACACCACGAGAAAUUGGCAAGCGAUCCAUGAUCUUCUGGCUUGCUGGCUCAAUUGGCCAACUAUUCAGCGGCUUCUUGCAGGCCGCAGCAUAUACUAAUUUAGACGGCGUCCAAGGCCGUGCAGGCUGGCGAUGGCUCUUCAUUAUCGAUGGAAUCAUCACGUUGCCACUUGCAGUGGCUGGCUAUCUAUUCUUCCCAAAUCUCCCGCAAGGCGGAAAAAGACCUGGUGGACGACUGAAGCAGAGCAUCAACUUUCUGUCAGACGGAUGCAGGAGAUCGGCCGAGCUGGCAAAGAGCCAUGGACUAAGGCGAAGGCUAAAAGAAUUUUUUCAAGCUGGCAUACCUAUCUUCUACGUAUCUUUGCUCUACAUUGUGUGGAAUAAUGGCUGGCCACAGGUCGGCAUGGGAUAUUGGCUGAAAAGCUUUAAUAAAAAACCCGCCCCACUCCCAGGGACGUCAUUUUCAAUCCCACAAAUCAACAAUCUGCCACUUGUUACUACUGGUAUCUUCAUUGUCAUGGCGUUCAUAUGGGGCUGGCUUUCGGACGGUCCUUGCCGCGGCGCACGGUGGCCUUUUGUGUAUGCUGGGGCUGUCAUAACGAUUGUAUUCUGCGCUCUUUUGCGGCAGAUGCCGUUAUACAGCAAUAUAGAGGGUCGCAAGAUUGUUUAUUGGCUCAGCAACAUUGGGCUCGGAGCCGGUCCUCUUAUUCUUAGUUGGACUAAUGAAAUAUGCUCUGAUGACACGGAGAAAAGAGCUCUGAUAGUUGCAAUGGCUAAUGACCUUGCAUAUGUGGUGCAAGCAGUGGCUCCAAAUUUCGUGUGGAAAACUACAGACUUUCCAGCUGCGAAGAAAGGGUAUCUAUGGUGCAUUGUUCUACACGUCCUGUCGAUCGCCGUUACUGCUGCGAUUCAAUUUGGAUUAUGGUGGGACAAAAAGCAAAAGACUGUGGUGGAAACCAACAGUUCAACAUCAAAUUUAACGCCAUCAGAGGAUGGAAGCGUGAAGGACAGGAAAGCGGCGCUCGCUGUGGUGACUCCAGCUACUAUAGAGUAG